CCGCCGCCGCCUCCACCACCACCACCUCGCCUGCGCUGUCGGAUCGUGUGCGCCGAAUUUUGUGCACUGGAUUGCGACAAGCCUGUAUCACCGUUGCGCGCGCCCUGCAAGUCGCGUGAUUCACCAAGAAAGCCUCGGGUGACUUCACCAUCGGCUCCUCUCCUCUCAUCCGCCAUCACAGAAAUAACGGACCACGCCCACCGCUGUCGCUGCAUCUUGAAGUAGCAGAUCUCGCGCACGCUACCGUGUAGUCCGCUUUUUUGCCUGGAGGAUUGUGUCAGAGGCACUGGUCGCGGCGCAACAAUUACCCCGGACACCUCAAGCAGCAGUGUCUGUCUGCGAAGGCGCGCGAAACGCUCAGUGGUCACUGCGAGAGGGCGCAAAGGUGUUGGGGAAGCGGCGUCGAGCCUGCGGACGGGUUCACUUCUCUACGUAUUAGCUAGAUAUCGUGUCAAACUGAAGCGUGCCGAGUGACCACACCCUCACCCAGCCACUUACUCUAUCACGCCGCGCGCGCGCGCCUGCGUUGCCUUGCGAUGCCACGAAACAUGGCAGAAAAACCACGUCGCUCAGACCGAUCGGGCAAAGGUCAGCACAAGAAGAAUGCGUCUACAUCUCCAGCACCCAGCGCAAAGCCGGUCGCGAAGAGCGUCAAGGCCAAGAGCAGCGGCAGCGGCAGCGGCAGCAGCAUAAGUAAGAAGCCGGGCGGCCAAGAGCCAGUCCCGCCAGAAGAUGACGAGGACGAGGAAGAGGAAGAGCUGAUCCGCUGCAUCUGCGGCAACACUGAUCCCAAGGACAAGCGCGCCUUUAUUGGCUGUGAUGCAUGCACUGUGUGGCAGCACAAUGUGUGCAUGGGCGUUCACGACGAUGAGGACGACGUGCCUGAGCACUACUUUUGCGAAGAGUGCCGCCCAGAGGAGCACCCAGAGACCAUACAAGCCAUCCGUCGGGGCGAGAAGAUAUGGGAGACACGUAACAGGAUAUUUCAGAACGAGAAGAAGAUGAGCAAGAGUCGUAAGAGCAGGACCAAGACUGGCGAGCCCUACAGACCUGGUUGGCUCAAGAAGGAUGUGGCCCCGGAGCCAGAGGAGGCUGUCCAGGAGACUGUAGCGGAAAAUGAGCCGCAGCCGAAGCCGCAGACAUCCAUUAUGGCAGCCUCUCAAGAGACGUCAGCACCUGCCAACGGAGCAGCGGACACCACGGAGACUGGCAACAAACGCAAGAGAAGCGAAGCCAAGGAAGAGCCGGAAGACGCCAAGUCUGCGGUAGAUGAGAAAAUGACUCGCUCGAGCCGGCAGGAGAAGCGUCGCAAGUCGUCCACCGCACCGAGCAAGGCAGAGGCAGAUACUGGCACUACGAUCUCAUCUGAUGCGGACACUGCGCUCCUCAGAAUCGAUCAGUUGCCUCAAGAUCGCCAGAGGGCGGCACGCGCCUUAGCGUCCGCUAUCACGUCUACUGUUGAAGAGCGCGUCCGAUCUGGACACAAGACUGCAAAAGGUCAAAAUGCAACUGCCCUCGGCGAUCUGCAUGCGGCGAGGAUCGAGUACGCUCUUCACAUGAACUAUGGCGGCAAUCAGCAGGGUUACAGCAUACAGUUCAGAGCGCUGCUCGCAAAUUUCAAGAAGAAUCAUGUUCUGGUAGAGCGGCUGCUCAACGGGUCACUUACAUCAGACGAGAUUUCGACCAUGAGCAGUAGUGACAUGGCAAGUGAGGAUUUGCAACGUCAACGCGCUGAGAUGAAGGAAGUACUGGACCGUCAGGCAACUGUUGACCAGCCCGAAGGACCAAAGUACGCUCAAGACCACAAAGGCUACCACCUGGUUGAAUCUGAGACCCCGGCACGUCGUGAUGGCACCACCAUAGGACAGGCUAUGGAUGGUAGUCCUAACAAGAGUGUAUCUCCACCGCGAGCGUCACAGCUCCCUCCAGCUGUUGAUACUAUGCAGCGUUCUGGAAUCGGAAGUCGCUCAUCAAGCCAGCAGUUUGAUAUGAAAGGAAUAUGGGAAAAGACAGCUAACUCUCCAACCUUGCCCACUGGACCGCAAGAUGCAGCUAUCCGACCUACGCAGGUAGCAAACCGACGUCGCAGCUCCGUGCAUCGCCCACAAGCCCCGACAAACGGCGCCAAAGACGAUCCGGACAUUGAUCGCAUGCUGGAGGAUCACGACGAUACAUAUCCACAAGCAGAAGGAAGCGGUGAAUCCGUAAUAUGGCGUGGCAAGCUGAUACAGACCAGCGAGGAAGGCGCUCCAGUCGUAAAUGGACGUUUUGUGGCCGGACGUGAUUUGCAAGCCGGUACUUCAUGGCAACAUAUCUUACCACCCGCACUUUCUAUUGACGGCAGACUGGCAAUCUCGAAAGCAGAGGAUUACUUGUGCGGCUUGCGAUGGAGCUCGAGCAGUGAUGUCUCGGUCUUGCAGCUUACACCGGACGACAAUGCCGAAGCGUUCAACGCGAUUUUCGACUACUUUCAUACUAGGAAGCGCUACGCGGUGGUGGCGGAGAACAAGCCUGUAAUGAUUAAAGACUUGUACAUCAUUCCGGUCGAGGUCGGCGAAACGCUUCCAGGCCACGUGGAGAUGCUUGAGCAUUGCACACUACAGAAACCAGUACAAGAGCGAGUCUUGCUCGCCACCAUCAUAGUCGCGCGAGCUCCAGACAGCCCAUCGAAGAGUGCUGCUCCGCAGCAAUCGCCUGCCAACGGCCAUCUGCCACAGCACGUUCGUCAGAGCAUCGGUGGUCCUGCAGGCUCGCCAUUGAACCCUCAGCACGCCACAUUCUCGCCUUCCAACAGCGUGCCGCCGCAACAGCCAGGCUACGGCCCUCCAGUCGCUUUUCCUCCUAACCCGUACGGACCGCAGGCCCAGCCUCCACAGCCACCUGUCCUUCCCGUCGCGCCACCGCGACAGCCUCAUCCGGACCCGCAAGUGAGUCACAUCCUGGGCGACUUGCAGUACGCAUCGAGUGCUCAGACAAUUCUGAGUUCGGCGCCCUCCAUCUCUACAGAUCAGCUUCAGAACUUGCGUGCGAUCCUACUGCAGUAUCCCGAGACUCAGACUCAGUUUGACGCUUUGACACAGAGAUUGUACGCCAGCAGCCAGUAGCCUUGGCUCCAACAAUACUUCUCUUAAGACGGUGUACUGUGCAAUUGGAGGGAGAAGUUCGACGAGGGAGGCCAAAGUGGGCACGGCAUGGCAUGGUGGAACAGGGCUGGAUACACUGUUCGCAGCAAGGCAAUCCGAUGAUCAAGGCAGGCAGGCAGGUUAUCGACUACCUACUUACUGUACAUGAACAAUUGAACAUGAGUACAGGUAAUUAGCUGGGACCUCGUGUCGAUGCACGCACGCAGCAGUAGAGUGUCAAGUAGUGAGCUCCACAACCUGGAAGUCAUUUAUAUUCAAUUGC